GCACAGAUAUUAAUGCAAGUACGACCGAAUACGCAAAUAAAAUGUACGGUGACAAGGAACGACUCAAAUUCGAAGUGUUGGAUAUUCAAACAAAAAAUUUGCCGGAGAAGUAUAUUUCGAAAUUUGAUCAUAUAUUCUCAUUUUACACUUUGCAAUGGUGUCAUGACAUUCGCCAGACGUUUGAAAAUAUGUAUUGUAUGCUUCGACCUGGCAAAACUAUGCUGAUAUUAUAUAUAGUUCAUCAUAGUUUUUUUGAAGUUUCGAAAAUUAUGGCGCAAGAUGAGCGAUAUGCAUCGUAUAUGGGGGACAAAGCAAAGUAUGUUGGGUCACUUCAAUAUUCAAUCCAACCUCGUGAAGAGAUAAUAGAAAUACUUGAAAAUAUUGGAUUUCAAGUUAAUCAUUGCAGUCAUCGGAUAUUGAACUACAAGGAUAAUGCAGAAACAUUUCUAUCCAUGGUCACUUCACAAUGUACUUUUAACUUUUUGGACGACAUGCCGAAUAAUCUAAGAGUUGAAUUCAAGAAUGAAUUAGCACGUAAAUUUGCGGAAAUAAGAGCUAAAGAAUACGCAGAUAUUAUUCAAAAUAAUUUUAAGAUACAUAACGUAGAGAAGGAGAAAAAUAGAGAUGAUAUGCCUAUUGGAUUACUGCACUGAUAAUUUAUGCACAAAAAGUUUCAUAAUUGUAUGAAUGAUCUUCAUGAUUAAUACGACAAAAAUG